UGCCCCCCGUUAGUCAGUUAUCAGCCGGUAACGUUCAAUGGUUCAGUAGCUUUAUAUUAUGACAGUAAUGUGUUUUAAGUUGUACUUCGCACUUGAAUACCUCGACAGUUUUUUACUCAUCAUGUUGACUUCGCGGCGGAAGAGUUUGGUCCUUCUUGGUGUCUAAGCUAGUAGCUAGCCUCAUUUGUUUACAUCCCACAGAAGGAAACCCCUGACGAGUCUGACUGACAUCUGCCUCCUGACUCCUUCCUUCUUUCCUUCUCCUGCUGUUUGAAAGUUAAAGAUGUUUUCUUUAAUGACAGUGGACAAAUAAGAAGGAGGAUGAGUUACUUUGGACCAGCAGAGCUGGUGGCAGGUCUCUGUCACACAGAUAAGGAGAAUCCGUUCCCUCUGUGGCAGAAUGGACACGUCAGCUCCUGCUUCAACCAGCUCGUCCUUGGGGCCCUGCCUUAUGCUGGGAUGGCUAUUUUCAGUGCUUGCUACCUCAGUGUAGCAAGAUGCAGCCUCCUCCAGACGUCUGCUCCCUGUGGUUGGACACUCAGGCUGGUUUCUGCUCUACUGGCUUUAUUGCUCUUCACUGCAGAUAUUGUUCUGGUCAGCAUCCUCCAGCAGGGGGACAUGUACCUGGAUGUUCUCACUGACAGCUGUGCCAUCCUGGCCUGGCUGCUCCACUUGAGUGCCAUAACAGUGCUCCAGAAAAGUGUUUUCAGGGGAACUCGAGGGCCUCCGCAGCUGUUUGUACUGGUCCUUCUAUUGGUCCCUAAUGUUGUCAUCACCUUGACAAUUUACUGCGACAGUGAAGGAUAUUUAAACAUUAGAGAACCUCUUAAGCUGGCCCGAUUUGUCCUUGCCUCAGGCCGGACAUUCCCUCUUCUGGUUUACCUCCUGGCAUUUGCAUUUCCUCAUGUCACUCAUGGUGACUACACCUUGAACAUCAACACAGUGGAUGAUGGAUCCCCGCUGAUCUCAGAGAGUGCCCUGCCAGAUACAGGUGAGAUAGUGGCUGAGGACGGGAGUGGUUGGACCUCUCGACUCUUCUACCUGUGGUUGUCUCCGCUACUCAAACGUGGGCAGCUUGGAGAGCUGGACAAACCAGCUGAUGUUUAUCAUCUUCCUUGGAAACUUCGGACUAGUGUGGUAACUGGGUACUUCCAUCAGUGCUGGGAAGCCUGCAGACGAGGGACAUCUGUGAGUAAUAGGCAGGACCAGUGGCCCAGGCCGGUCAGCAGGAACCUCCUCAAUGGCACCUGGAGUUCACACUACCUGGAGGAACCGCUAGAACUGGAGGGUGAUGUUGGCCUGCUGAGAGUGUUGCACAAGGCGUUUGGGUUGAGAUAUUACAUGCUUGGUCUGUUGAAGGUGGUGGUUAAUAUGCUGAGCUUUGCAGGGCCCUUGCUCCUCAGUAGUUUGGUGAACUUUAUUGAGGAGGUAGAAGCACCGGUGAGCACAGGGGCCUUGUGCGCACUGGGGCUUUUUGCUGCCACCUUGCUCUCUUCCAUUCUGCGGAACUUGUUUGUCUUUGAGGUGUCCAAGGUGGCACUGUCUGCACGUGCCGCACUCAUUUCGGCUAUCUACAGCAAAGCCCUGCGGGUCAGUGGCAGCAGUUUGACUGGCUUCACACUGGGAGAAGUGGUGAACCUGAUGAGCACCGACUCUGACCGUGUUGUGAACUUCUUUAACAGUUUCCAUGAGUUGUGGAGCCUGCCAUUCAGUUUUUCUGUCACCCUUUACUUGCUGUAUCUGCAGGUAGGGUUGGCUUUUCUUGGAGGACUAGGCGUGGCACUGCUGCUGGUGCCACUCAACAAGUUCCUUGCUUCUCGUAUCAUCAGCAACAACAAGCACAUGCUCAGGCACAAAGACAGCCGUGUGAAGCUCAUGACAGAGAUCCUCUUUGGUAUUCGUGUAAUCAAGUUCUACAACUGGGAGUCACACUUUACCCAGAGGGUCGGCGACUGUCGUAAACAAGAACUUUCCCACCUCAAGAACAUCAAAUACCUGGACGCCAUGUGUGUGUAUACGUGGGCAGCACUGCCUGUCGUCAUCUCCAUCCUCACCUUUGUGACAUAUGUGAUGCUGGGACAUCAGCUGACUGCAGCCAAGGUGUUCACCACACUGGCUCUGGUGGGAAUGCUGAUUAUUCCACUGAACUCUUUCCCCUGGGUCCUCAACAGCAUCCUGGAGGCCAAAGUGUCUCUGGAGCGGAUCCAGUCGUUCUUCAAACUGACCAACCAGGAUUUGCAAGCUUACUAUGCCUUAGUGUCUCCUGAGGAUGCCCAAACAUCUGUCCUUUUGAACCAGGGGACAUUUUCUUGGCAGAGUCCUGAUGGUCCUGACAACGACAAAGAAGAAGCAACUGAACCUGGAGCUGGUAAAGGGAGUCUGCUUCUGCACGCUCUCAAUUUACACGUAAUUAAGGGCUCCCUGAUUGUUGUGGUUGGCAAAGUUGGAUGUGGAAAGAGUUCCUUAUUGGCUGCUCUCACAGGAGAACUCAACAGGCAGAGUGGUGUGGUUUAUAUUGCGGACAGAGAGACGGGCUUUGGUCUGGCCUCUCAGGAGCCAUGGAUCCAGCAUGCAUCAGUACGUGACAACAUCCUGUUUGGCAAAGAAUAUGAUCCCACCUUCUACCAGGCAGUGAUUGAGGCGUGUGCUCUUGCAGAUGAUCUCAACGUUUUGCCAAAAGGUGACAAGACUGAAGUGGGGGAGAACGGAGUGACACUGAGCGGAGGACAGAAGGCACGGGUGGCGUUGGCCAGAGCUGUGUACAUGGACAAAGACAUCUACCUCCUGGAUGAUCCGCUGGCAGCGGUUGACACAGAUGUGGCUGAACACCUUAUGCAGAAAUGCAUCAUGGAACUCCUCAGAGGAAAGACCAGAAUCCUUUGCACUCACCGUAUAGAGUUUGUGGACAAAGCCGACAUGGUGGUCCUCAUGGACAAUGGAACCAUCAUCAAAACAGGUAGUCCAGCAGAAAUCCUUCCUUUGGUAGAGGCUGUGCCAAAGAAACGAAAGAAUGACAACAACAUGAAAGAAAAAGAGCAGGAUGAAGAUGAGUCCAGUUCACCAUCAGAUCUGUUGGUGGAUGAUGAUGCUGACCAGUUGCAGGCAGAGCAGAAACAGGCGGGUGGACUGGCAUGGAGAGUUUACCAGACUUACUGGGCUGCUGUGGGUGGAGUGCUGGCAUCCUCCGUACUGAUAUCUCUGCUCCUCAUGCAAGCUUCUAAGAAUGUUUCUGAUUGGUGGCUAUCCCACUGGAUCUCUGAGCUGACAACCAACGGUUCCACUGUGCCUAAUGCUUCAUUCACAUUCACCUCUGCUCACCUGCUGCUCUUCUCCCAUGGAGAAUUAAUGUCUCCCAUGCUCUCUGCUCAAACCUUCCCAUCCAACAACAUGAGCUCUGACGUCAAGUUUUAUCUGAUUGUGUACGGCUCCAUCGGCAUGGCCAACACCGUCUUCACGGGCUUCCGAGCCAUCCUGUUUGCCUAUGGGGCCAUCUGUGCUGCCAGAACUAUCCACAACAGACUUCUGGAUCGAGUCCUCAAGGCCACCGUGACCUUCUUCGACACCACGCCUCUUGGACGCAUCCUUAACCGCUUUUCUUCAGACCUGUACAGUGUUGACGACAGCCUGCCGUUCAUCCUUAACAUCUUCCUCGCCAACAUCUUUGGCCUGCUGGGGAUGCUGGUGGUGAUUAGCUAUGGCAUGCCCUGGGUCCUAGUGCCCCUGCUGCCCUUGGCUCUGCUUUACUACCGCACGCAACAAUUCUACCGGCACACCUCCCGGGAGCUGAAGCGGCUGUGCAGCCUCACCCUAUCGCCUGUCUAUUCUCACUUCUCUGAAACCCUGACCGGGCUGGGAACCAUCAGGGCCAGUGCCAGCUCUGCCAGGUUUGUGGAGGAGAGUGCUAAACGUCUGGAGCAGAACCAACGCUGCCUGUUCCUUAGCAAUGCCGCCAUGCAGUGGCUGGACAUCCGCCUGCAGCUGAUUGGAGUAACUGUGGUUACGGGCCUUGCGGUGAUUGCUGUCAUCCAGCAUCAGUUUCACACUGUGGAUCCAGGUCUGGUUGGUCUGUCCCUAUCCUACGCUCUGUCCAUCACGACCCUGCUGUCCGGCCUCAUAUUCAGUUUCACUCAGACUGAGAUGCAGCUGGUGAGUGUGGAGCGGACUGAGGAAUACUCCACCGGCCUCGCCAUCGAGUCUCAGCAGCAAAACACACAGCUGCCCACUGCGUGGCCCGAGCAGGGCUGGUUGGAGUUUCGCGGGGCAGUUUUGGCGUACAGGGACGGCCUUCCUAACGCGCUAGACGGAGUGAGUGUGGUGGUGCGGCCAGGAGAAAAGGUGGGCAUCGUGGGCCGCACAGGGUCCGGCAAGUCUACACUUUUCCUGGCCCUCUUCCGUAUGGUGGAGCUGAACCAGGGUCAGAUUCUCCUGGAUGGGCUGGACAUCAGCACAGUGGGCCUGAGUCAGCUCAGGUCCAGGUUGGCCAUCAUUCCUCAGGAUCCCUUCCUGUUCAGUGGGACCAUCAGAGAGAAUCUGGACCCGUGUGGGCGACACCUGGACCAGCAGCUGCUGGACGUCCUGGACCAGUGCCACCUCCACUCUGUGGUCAACAGAAUGGGUGGUCUGGAUGCUGAGGUUGGAGAAAGAGGAAAAUCCUUGUCUGUGGGACAGAGACAGCUGCUGUGUCUGGCCAGAGCUCUGCUGACCGAGGCCAAGGUCCUGUGUAUCGAUGAGGCAACAGCCAGUGUGGACCACAGGACAGACAAACUGCUGCAGCAGACCAUCAGGGACAAGUUUCAGGACAGGACUGUCCUCACCAUUGCCCACAGGAUCAACACCAUCAUGGACUGUGACAGGGUUCUUGUGAUGCACAGUGGGAAGGCGGUGGAGUUCGACACUCCGGCGGCUCUCUGUCAAAGUGACCAGUCCAUCUUCCACAGGCUGGUUGGUGGGAACGGAGAAUGAGAUGUCUGAGAAUUAGAAAAUAUAUUUUUAUACUUUAUCAUCAUGUCGUCCUGCUCUUUUUGGUCUUGGAAUGGACUUAGGUUUAUCUUUUUUAAGGCUACUUGUUGAAUAUAUAUAUAUUGAUAUAUUGAUUCCUUUAGUUUGAGGCUGUUUUAUUGUCUCCUGUAGUGCUACAGUAUGAUGAUUCAAGAGGCACAGUGGUUUCACAUAUUUUGGAAAUAACUUGAAGAUUUACAAAAUACAAAAAUGAGGUUUGGUGCUGAUUGAGGGUGAAAUUUUCUUCACCUCUUGUUACAUUUAAACAUAACUUUAUAUAUAAGACCUUUGCUGGACUGUUUGCAGUAAAUCUCAGACUGUGGCAGUAAGAUCGUUCGAGACACUCGGCUUCUGUUUUAUACACUAUCAGGAUUUGUUUCUACUCUUUAUAAGAGUUUUUACCUGAAAAUGGAUAAAUAAGAAGUGAGAUGUUAUGGGUUAGUGGGUGAGCUAUGUUAUGGGUCUCUUUGCAAUAAUCAGAUACUGUCCAAUUCACGUUAUUAGUUAUUUCUGGUGGAAUAAGGUUUAAAUUAAGGCCUUUCAUUUGCACAAUAAAAUGAUCACAGAAUUAAGGUUUAUUAAGGAAUUAUCUGACCGUAGAUCGGUUCUAAUUUAGUUAGCGAUCAGUCACUGAAAUGAAAUGUUUCUCAGAGGAGCUGUUUUGUCCUCUUCUUUGACUUAAACUCAUGUUUUGAGGGUGAUCUCCUCAGAUAACAAUAAUAUCUGCUGCUGCUGAUGUACUAUUUUACAUUCAUGUUAUCCAAAUGAAGUAAUGUUUAUAUUCAUGUGUAGGUUCACAAGUGGACAAAUUGUGAGAAAUUAACAACAUUUAAUUACUUUUCCAUUUAAAGUAAAAGAAGCUUCUGUUAGGAAGAUAUGCUUUUAAAAACCCACAAAGGUCUUUACGAGCAUCACCAGCCAUUUGCAACCCUACUGGAACUGAAAACCCUUAAAUUAUUACUGAAUUCAAGAACUUAAUUUGGACCAACUUUCAUUUUAGAUUAACUACAUUUAAAAAAAAAAUUGUAAAUCAUUGAUCUGCUGCAGUAUUGUCUGAGAUUAUCCCAUGUUUUCUUGUUUUAUAGACUAGUAGUAGUUGUUUUCAUUUUAAUCCAAUUGUUCAUUACUUUCAUUUUUUUAGAACUUACUUUGUAAAUAUUUAGUAUGCUCAGGGGAUAUUGAUGGAAUUUCUGAUUGCCUGGUUAAUUUAUUUUUCCAACCAUGAUGUGUUUUGUCAUUUUAAUUUUGCAAAUAAAAUAAAAUAAAAAUAAAAGUUAUUUUUUUGUAAGUUGAGUCUUCAAAAAAGAACAAAUCACAGGGUUAGGAUUAGUUAUGUUGUGUUUCUGCACAGACUCUCAUGCUUGAAUUUGUUAAAGGUUUCUUUCUCUUCUUUUUAUUGAAAACAGAGUUCUAAUACAAGCUCUGUGUUCUUUAAACUGUUAGUUAAGAUCACUGUUCUGCCCCCUUCUUCCCUCUCAGAUGCCCCUCAUGUAAUUCUGGUUUGAACAACGCUAACAGACUGUCUAACAGACUUUUGUGAAUGACUUGGUCUCUAUUUGUAAUCACUUGAAUUAUGAAGCUCCCUUUUCUUCUUUUAUAUAUAAAUACCUUUAUUUUUCCAUAUGUGCCGCAAACCAACAUGUGGUUGGUUUAAUGGAGAAAUGGAGAAAUCAAAAUCGUUGUUUAUAUCAUUUGAUUUCAUCUGUAAAUCAAAGAUGAACAGUGGAAAUGUCAUUACAAUAAUCUGAAGAGGAAAGUUACAGUAAAUCUAGUCUUUGUGAUUUGCUUUUUAGAAUAUUAUAUAUAUAUAUUUUUUUUAAAGUUUACUCAGAAACAAUGAGACAAAGUGAUUUGUUUUAUUUGUUGUCACCCGCAUGUUCAUUACUUUUUAGUGUUUACUGUGACGACAAUAAAACGCUGCUUCAUUGCUUCUGA